AUGUACCGCGUUGAAUUAUCCGCGGAAUCUAAUUAUAUUGUCGAAUCUGCCUUGGCUACGGUCAACGAGACUCACCAGAGCAAUGUCGGUAACAAUUCCUACUCGUACAUAUCCAGAAGAAAUGAAAGCCACUAUCCUAUGGAAGGGGAGGAGUUUAUAUUCGACAGAACAGAUGUUAAAGCUAUAUUUAUAACGCUUUACACAAUUGUGUUUUGCUGCUGUUUUUUUGGAAAUCUACUCGUUAUUCUAGUGGUGACCUUAUCGAGGCGAUUGAGGUCCAUAACUAACUUCUUUCUGGCAAACUUAGCGGUAGCAGAUUUAUGCGUUGGAAUAUUUUGCGUUUUUCAAAAUUUAACGAUAUACCUCAUACCAAGCUGGGUGUUCGGCGACUUUCUCUGCAAGAUGUAUCAGUUUGUGCAUUCACUGAGUUACACUGCAUCGAUUUUCAUCCUAGUGGUGAUUUGUACGGAGAGAUAUUUCGCCAUCAUACAUCCUAUAACGUGUAAACAGAUACUCACAUCGACUAGAUUGAGGUUGGUGAUUCUCGGCGUGUGGAUAACCAGCGCCGCUUACAGUGCUCCUAAAUUCAUAUUUGUGGAGACAAUCACUAAUGACUUAGGAGACGGCCACAUAGAGACGAUCUGCAUUCAACAUCGAAUGAAAUUCAACUCGGAAAUAUUUGACAUGGUUAACUUCGGUCUUCUCUACGUGACACCACUAUUAGUGAUGACGGUACUCUACACAAGAAUUGCAGUAGGAUUGUGGCAAAGUUCACACGGGCUUGGACAGCUUGGUCAAACUCAGUGCUGCUCAACACAAUGCCCACGCGUGGACAAGUCUGCACAAGGCAGCGAAACCCAAAGAUCACUAGUAGGCACAUCAGAAAUUAAUGGAAAAGGGUUGACGCCAUCGAAAAGUUCAAAGUGCCACAAUCAUGAGACCCGUAGUUGUCAUCAUUUGAGCCACCUAUCUCGGAAUGUGCUACGUGCGCGACGUGGUGUUGUUCGUAUGCUCAUUGUCUUAGUGCUUACCUUUGCGCUAUGUAAUCUUCCCUUCCACGCUCGCAAGAUGUGGCAGUACUGGUCGAGUGGUUACCAGGGCACGACUAACUUCAGCGCUCUUCUAACGCCGCUGACCUUCCUCAUAUCAUACUUCAACUCAGGAAUCAAUCCUCUAUUGUACGCUUUCCUAUCCAAGAAUUUUAGGAAGGGUAUGCGAGAACUUCUAUUUUGCAACCUUUCCGGUAAGCGGAAGAGUGACAAUUUGAUGCUGUUGAAUCGCGUUGGAGGUAUGGGCUUGCGAAGGAGUUCAACACGAUCAACGCGUGCCAACUGCAGCACUGUUACUAUGGCACCUAAUGGAGAGUCAUGA